AUGAGCGACGCGGCGGCAACUCCAACACAACGAACGGCGAAGAAACUGCCUUUCAAAGCAACAGCCUUGCGCAAGGCUGCCUCGCUGAAAGCGGAGAUCACAACCGAUAAGAAAGAACUGGAGAAUGAUGGGCUCGACUUAUUUCGUAGGUCAAAGGAGAUGGAGGCCAUAAUGGCUGCGGAUCAGGAGAGGCGGCAACAGAAGAAGCGGAGAUAUGAUGACCAGCGUCGCAAGUCCGCUGAGUCUUCGGCCAGGAGGAACGUGGAUGAGGUUACCGAGAGAUACGUUAUGGUAAAAGCAAAAUCUGGAGUAUCACCUCGGGCUGCUCGGAGCGCCAUUCCCGUCGCUAGUGAGCCUGUUCUGCAGGGCGGAGAGUUGACAACGACUAUUUACUUGAUACGGAUGCUCACAGGGCUUACACAUGGUAGCGAGUUGGUCACGCCACCGGUAUCGAAGUCAUCGAAGCGAACACAUUUAUACUCAACACCUUCAGACCUUAUACCAUACGACUCAUCGUCUACCCGAUUGCUGUUCCAUGCGGGGCAAGCAUCAGUGGGUGGCCCGGGCCGCCAUACUCUUACCCCGAGUCUCCUGUCAAACACAUUUCUCGGUUCUGACGACGACAACGACGACGACGACGCCGAUCUCCAAAUCGCACUUGAGCCCACAAAACGAAGGGGCAGUGCCGAUCCUAUCGAGAGCAGCUUCAAAGCAGGAGAUGAGGACGAUGAAUUUGCGGCGUAUAUUCGAAAGGCCGAGGAACAGCGCGCUCUGGACCAGGCAUUGCUUGGUGUUGGUUCGGAUGGAGCUGCGUCGAAGGCAAAAAUUGACAUUCUGGAGACGUCGAUUGUUCCUGAUACUAAGCCUUGCUGUUUUAAGUUUCUCUUCGAUAAGGAGCUCCGACUAGCGCGUAAUACAUGGCUUGCUCUUCAGAAACACAAGGGAGUGCUCCUGGAUGUUGAAAGAGAGGAUGACAUUGUGCUUACUUGGCGAAGAAAGAGGGUGUAUGCAUUUUCUACGUUGCUAAAUCUAGGUAUCCGACCACAGGACAAUGGACGAGCUGUGUCGGAUGGAAACGAUGCCAAGGGUUUCGCAAAUGGUCGGACAAGAGUCCACAUGGAAGCUUGGACGUUGGAUUUGUUCCGAGAAAUGGAACGUGAAGAAGAGCUAAAGCGGAAAGGAGAGACCUCGGAAUUAGCAGACGAGGAAGAGCCAGCGCUGGUAGAAGAGAAACCACCAACUUCAGAAGUUAAGACACGAGUCAUUCUGAAGGCUCGCGACAUCGCCGACGUCAAAUUGACAGUGCGACGGACAACAACAGUUGAGACACUUAUUACUGGUUUUCGCACGCAGCGGUCAAUAGGGCCAGACAGAGAUGUUCAGAUUUGGUUUGAUGGUGACCGACUAGAAGAGCAUGCGACGAUGGAUGAGGCGGAGAUUGACGAUAUGGACACAUUUGAGGUCUAUGUCAAGUGA